GUUUGCUGUGUUGCUAUGGUAACGAACUACGUAGCUCGAUUCGCUCAGUUUGAUCAAUAGCAUUCGUACACAACAUUAGAAACUAUGGCGGAUUUCGAAUAUUCAGACAUCAACCCAGCCAACGAGCUGGAGAAAAGGGUUGCGGACGCGUUUCUAAUUUUUGACCAUCACGGCAAUAAAACGGUUGACGUUCGUGAGAUUGGAACCAUUCUACGCUUUCUGGGCUGUGUGCCGACCGAGGCCGACGUGAACGAAGUCAUUUCGGCGACUGAAUUUGAGGAUUCGAACGGCACAGUGCAUCUGUCCAAAUUUCUUCCCUACGUUAGUCAGCUGAUUGCGGAGCAUAAAAUGGAACCGGCACCACCGGAAAAGCUGCUCAAAGCGUUCCGCGUGCUCGACCAGGAGGGAAAAGGGUUCGUGGACAAGGAGUACAUGACCAAACUGAUCACCGAGGAGGGCGAACCGUUCACGGUGGAAGAGCUGGAAGAGAUGAUGGCAGUGGCCGUCGACAUGGCAACGGACAAGAUUGCGUACGAGCUGUACCUUAACCAGCUGCUGCAUGAACCACCCGACUCUAUCUAUGCACUUGCCGAACAGCUCCGCAAUCGAAACAUUCGCUGAUGGUCAUUUUCUUUCCUCCUUUUCCAUUUCACCGCAGGUCGAUUUUUGAGCGCAAGUUUUUGCAAAUAAAUUCCCAACUGGUGUGCCUUCUUACGCCCUUCUCAG